AUGGCACAAUUCACAUCAGGCUGUAAGGACUCAGGAAGAGGACUGAAGGAACUGAACGACGGAAGAGCGUGCUGGAUUGAAUCGGACUGGUCAGGAGUUCAGAGGCUCGCUCGCAUCGGGUAUCAGGUCUUGAGUUACUGGAAGGAAAGACAUGACUUCGUAAAUGUUUCCUCAAUAUUCACCACCACCAGAAGAAAUAAUAAAACAACCAGAAAGCUUUCCAGCCAGAAUCACAAAACGAAACAACGGAAAACAAGACGAAAAGCGAGGUCCCGGAUCCAGGAGAAUGAAUCUUUCAAACGUUUCGUGGAUGCAGUCCUAGACGUCUGGGCGCUCAUCUUGGGAGUGUCUAUAUUGUCGUUGCCCCGUACAACCCCUCUACGUCUGUUCUUCUCAGCCUGGGUGUGCUACAGCUUGGCAAUCAACACAGUGUUCCAGGCUUACCUCACUACGUACCUGGUUGAUCCAGGGUUCGAGAAAUCAAUUACAAGCAUAGAAGAACUUUUUGCUUCUGGAACUAAAUACGGAUUUUUUUCCACCUACUUUGACCGUAAUUUUAACGAUAAAGCCAACUCCAAAGAUGUGGAAAUUCUCCGAAAUCGGAUAGACUGUGAUGAUAUGGUGACCUGCUUACUUUGGACUGCGAAGUACCGAAACAUUUCGUCAAUCGGCAACCCAGAAUUGGUGGAAUAUUUGUAUUACGGUUCUAAAUACUCUGAUAAGUUUAGCGGCUAUCGGCCUUGUGAGUUGAAAGAGAUGCCAGUUGUAGUUACAGACUUACUUAUGGCCGUGCAGAAAGGAAGCAUUUUUUUGGACCGCAUGAAUGAAAUCAUUUGCAGACUUGUAGAAGCUGGCAUUUCAACUUACUUGGUGAAGACCAGCCCAGAAGCGAGAAAAUACUUCAAAGCAAUCUCUAGUGCUUCUAAGACACUAGCCGAUGAGUAUCAUGCUUUAACUAUGAACAAUAUGCAGUCUGCAUUCUACCUGCUUCUCCUCGGACACAGUCUGGGUCUCAUAUCCUUCCUAAUGGAGAUGCUGUAUUUUAAAAUGCACCCUAGGAGGCCAUAG